UAGCGUCGAUAAUCGGCGGGGAGAUCUACCGAAGUUGGCGCCUACCCACGAUAUAUUUAUAUCUAUGCGUGUAGUGUGUGUGUGUGUGUAUAUAUAUACACAUCUGGCCUCAAUCAAUUUCUCCAGCAAACAAAACUCCUCUCCUCUCCUGUCAACGAAAUAUUCAGUCCCAGCUGAGAUUCCUUCACUUCAUCCAUCCUCUUGCUUGCUUGCUUGCCCCCAUCAGCCAUCACCGUCAGUCUUCCAGCUUUGCUGAAAAAGCAUCUUAAAAGUUCUCAUAUUUUCGAUCUCCAGCAGCUCCCACUUGCUCCCUCCAGAGGAUUCCCUAAUCACUGCCCCCUGCCCCUGCCCCUGCCUCGCCAUUCCAAUCGCAAUGUCAAUGCGCCGGCGGACCUUGCUCAAGGUCAUCGUUCUCGGCGACAGCGGGGUUGGGAAGACGUCGCUCAUGAACCAAUACGUGCAUAAGAAGUUUAGUCAGCAGUACAAGGCAACUAUUGGUGCUGAUUUUGUCACUAAAGAACUCCAGAUCGAUGAUAAACUCGUCACCCUCCAGAUAUGGGACACAGCUGGGCAAGAAAGAUUUCAGAGCCUGGGGGUGGCUUUCUACCGUGGAGCAGAUUGCUGUGUUCUCGUCUACGAUGUUAAUGUGAUGAAAUCCUUUGACACUCUUGACAACUGGCAUGAGGAGUUUCUCAAACAGGCAAACCCAGCUGAUCCAAGGGCGUUUCCUUUCAUCUUACUCGGAAAUAAGAUUGACAUUGAUGGUGGGAACAGUCGAGUGGUUUCUGAGAAGAAAGCUCGUGAAUGGUGUGCUUCUAAGGGGAACAUACCUUACUUUGAGACAUCUGCAAAGGAGGACUACAAUGUGGAUGCUGCAUUCCUGUGCAUUGCCAAAGCUGCUCUAGCUAAUGAGCACGAACAAGACAUAUAUUUCCAAGGCAUCCCCGAGGCUGUUUCGGAGUCCGAGCAAAGAGGUGGAUGUGCUUGCUGAAUUGGAAUGCUCGCAGCAUCCUUCAUCUCCUUUCUCUUUCAAUUUAUUUUAUUUUAUUUUAUUUUAUUUCCUUUCCGGGAUGCGAUUUCUCCGAAUUUAUAGUCCAUCUUUCCAUGCUGUCAAUUCCGAGUGUUUUUGCAGUCGAGCUAGGUAGCUAGUUUUUGCAACGGGUAAAAAUUAGUAAAAAAAAUGAUGAUGCCCAAAGAAUUUUCUCAUCAGGCAUUUCUCUUUUUUAUAUUGUUUACUUAAAAAAAAAAAAUUGGCGAGGAUGUGUAAACUUGCGACUUUUGCAUACUUUGAAUGUCAAAUAUAUUCUUUUGGGGCUGUGGAAAGGUCAGUAGAGUGAAA